AUGCUUGUCAAAGGUCGGGCUAUAUCUUCUUUAAUAUUCAAAUUUGAGGGCAACAAUGGGUUUCUCUUUCAAUACUCAACAGUUGCAGCAACUACCCCAACCCAUCUCAUUGUAAAUUACCUCAUCAACUCUCUAGGAUUCUCCGAACAAGAAGCAAUCUCUGCAUCUGCCAAGGUAACCCGCAUUAAUUCUUUCAAGAAUCCAGAUAUAUCUGUCAAUUUCUUGAAACAGACAGGUUUUAACGACACCCACAUCAAAACCUUGGUUUCCAAGUCCCCAGAACUAUUAUUCCAUGAUGUUGAAAAAAACCUUAAACCCAAAUUACAGUGUCUUAUGGAACUUGGGUUAUCAGGUUCUGAUUUAGUCAGUGUCCUCAUGAGAGAUUGCUCAUUUUUUAACAGAGGAUUAGAUACUCAUAUAAGACCUGUCAUAAAUUGUCUUAGAAAUUUAUUGGGUAGUGAUGAAAAUGUGGUUAAGGUUAUAAAGAGAACUUCUUGGUUGAUUAGUUAUAAUAGUUGUAUGACUAUCGAAGCUAAUCUGAAUUUAUUGCAAUCGUUUGGCUGUUCAAAUGAUAAGAUCAAGAAUUUUGUGCUUACAUGUCCCAAAAUUCUUAAAAUUAGUACCAAGAGGCUUGAGGAAAUGCUGCAUAGGGUGGAAAAAGAUGUUGGAAUUUCUCGUGAUGCCGUAAUGUUUUACCACAUCGUUGGUGUACUUGCUUGCUUCAGUGAAUCGACUGUAGACAUGAAAUUCGGAAUAUUCAAGAGUUUUGGGUGGUCUGACACGGAUAUUCUGACCAUGUUGCAAAAGCUACCUUAUUGUGUAGGCCUAUCAGAGGCACGGAUUCAAACUGCAUUGACAAUUUUGAUGGAAGAACUCGGAUACAAGUCUAUUUACAUAGCUACUCACCCUUCGCUUUUAGCAUACAGUUUGGAGAAGAGGCUAAUACCUAGUUAUGAAAUGUGGAAACUCGUAAAUGAAAAGAAUCUGAUAAAGAGUAGGCGGGAGUUUUACACAGUUAUGACAUGGCCCAAAUCAAAAUUUUUGGAGAAGUAUGUGCUGCCUGUCAAAGCUGAACUGCCUGACUUGUAUGAUUUGUACAUCAAGAGGAUAGGAAAAUAG